UUUGGUCGACAGUCUGCUCCACGCUCUAGACCCCAAUAGUUCGGCGCCUGCUCGCGGCAAAACAUCAGCAAGAUCGAUUCGUUCCGAUUCGACAUUUCGAGUGUGUGUUUUGAGUGUAUUUUGAGUGGCGUUGACUAAUUCUCAAUCGGCAUCGGUGUGUUCGGCCUCGAGCCACAAAUCACGAAAUCCAAUCAUCAUAUCAAAUCACAGCGGUAAUAAUAACAAAAAAAAAAACUUGGCGACAACAAGCUUUACAUAAAAAUGCAAUCUAACAUGCGAGCAUAACAAAAACAAAAUAGAGUUUAUUGAUUACGCGGGUUGCCAGUAGCACCAUCAUAUCACUCCACCCCCAAGAUACCCAUUAAAUCGAUUCCCACACAGGCAAAAAAUAUAUAACAUUAAUUGGGUCAGGUGGUAUACAUUUAUUGUUUUAUUAAAAAUAAUAGGUAGUUUAAAGGUCAACUUAAAUGAUUGAAAUUUUUUUAUAUUCGCCAAACUUUGAAUAGACACCCAUAGUAUUUAGAACCCCUCUCUCCCUACACCAUAAAUACUAAUAUUUAUUGAUUAACUAGUACAACAUACGAUUAUGUUUGUACAUCAGUAUGAACCAUAUAUUUGUAAAUACGUAAUCAAUUAAAGAGGUCUUAUCUGUGGUUGGCGCGUGUUUACCUCCAGUGAAUUUUAAUGCUGAUUUGUUACGAUUGCGAUUCGCACUUGUGGAAACUAUUCCAUGGCUUUUGACCAUUUUACCGUGAAACUCACAGUGUAGCCGAAUGGCUUGCGCCACUUGCAUGAAAAUGGCAUUGGCCAGAGCCGGUUUUUGCCUAAAUGCUUGAGUAAAUGAGCAAAUAUCAAGCUUUAGCUAGCCAGCAAAAUGCAAAAAUAAAACCCUUCUAUGCACUGUUUGUUUUAGCGACAAGUCACUGUGGUGGUGGAGCUCAAGUGGUGUGUGGGCAUCUGGGAGGCGAAUGAGUUCAUUGAUUAAGUGCCUCAGCUGACGUUGGCGUUUCUUUCUUUGUGAAUCUUAUCAGAGAGCUCACAGCCAGUGGCAACAACACAUAAAAUAGGAAAACCCAAUUAAAGCACCAAUAUACUCGAUCGUAUGAGUCUUAAUUUCAUGCAAAAAAAAAAAACAAUCGAACGUCGAGGGGAAUAUGGGUUCCUUUUGAAUUAAAUACCAAAAAGGCAGUAUGACUGGAUCAGUUCACGAUCCGAAAUGGAGCCUGGAGCGACGCGAGUCCUCGGGCCAUUUAGUUUGGCGCAAGGAGUCGCCCGAGUCCAAAGUACGAUUUCGCUUCGACGUGGAGGUCCUGGAGUUUGAGAAGCAUCCGCACGAGGAGCUGGAUGACAAGAAGGACCACUUUUCCAUGACCAGUCUCUCGGCAACAGUGGCUAUGUGCGCCACCUGCGUUGCAGUGGUGGCCGCCUCCGUUUUCCUGCCCUGGUACCUCAUGGAGAAAGUGGGAUCGCUGUGAAAGGAUCAAGGAUGCGAUGGCCAAGGGCACAAGAUACGUGUAUAUAGGAUACAGCCUGACGGUAUUAAGUAGACUCUUGUACAUAAGCAAGCGUAGAUUUAAUUAUUUUUAAAUAGUACGUACGAUGUAAAUAGACUUUAUGCGUAGACUGUGUGGUUAAUGAUUUUUUGUAUAAAUCGAACAAGAGUUUGAAAAACUCAUUGGUGCAAUACAAUUGCAAAAUUGAGGAAUGUGGAUUGUAAUUUAAAGUGUGUAAAUUCUCAUAAGGUUAUGCAGAUUAAAUAUCACAAAGAUAGUUAAUGGAAUAAACGAAAUACUUGCCUGUA